AUGACACAGUCUUCCAUUGUCGGCACGUCGGGCAGAAUCUCUUUCCGUGAGAGUGCAGACCCGAACAAAAUUGUCCGGAUUGAGCGAGUGCAAGGUGGAAAAAGAGUGCUUAUCGCUUACUAUCGUCAGGACAAACGACCGUCCUACUUUGAAUGGGUCGACGGAGCUCUUGAAUGGAAAGACAACCAAAUACCUCGGGAUUCCACAUCAAAAAAGUACGAGGAGGUUAUUAUUCCAUGGCCCAUGUACAUCAGCAUGUGUGCCAUAGCGGGAAUCGGUAUGUGUGUCACCGCAGGCCUUCUCGCCUUCAAUAUCGUCUAUAGAAACAACAAAUUUGUAAAGCUGUCAUCCCCUAACAUCAACAAUGUUCUGUUGCUCGGAUGUUUUCUGUGCUACACCACCGUCUUCAUCAAAACGACCGGCACCGAUAACACAUCUGUGUGUGAGGCCCGUACCUGGUGUUUUUGCCUGGGCUUCACCAUCACCUUUGGCUCCCUUUUCUCAAAAACCUGGCGAGUGUACAGGAUCUUCACAAACAAGAAACUUCUUAGAAUGACAAUAAAGGAUAGGCAACUUCUAGCUAUAAAUGCAAUUCUGGUCGGCGUCGUGUCCUCAGUGUUAAUCAUUUGGGGUAUACUCUCUCCGCAUUCCAUCGUAACAGAAUUUCUCAAAAAGGAGAUUUACCAAAUUGGAAACGACGAGGAGGUACAUCCGUAUGUGCGUGUUUGCUUUUCGGAGAACGGCGCCUAUUAUAACUGGGUCAUUUACAUAAUAGAGGGUACAUUGCUUUCAUUUGGAGCGUUUCUUGCCUGGGAGACGAGACGGGUGAAAAUCGAGGCCCUCAAUGACUCCCAACAAAUCGGCCUUUGCCUUUACAACGUUGUCGUCCUCAGCGCAGUUGGCCUCACUCUGUCCCUUGUUCUUAACGACCAAGCGGUUUUGCUCUACGGAAUCACUUCCGGUUGUCUCAUUAUCGGCACGUUUGUUACUCAGAUGGUCGUCUUCAUUCCAAAGAUUCAUGCUGUACACAACAAAAUACAGACGAUCGGACACUCUUCGGCUCCUGGGGCAAGCACGGUAACAGGGGCAACACGCGCCAUAAAUAACCAGGCGCCAAAGUCAAGCACCACCAAUACUCCGAAAUGA